GUCUCUCCCCUCCCCGUUGUGAUGUCUCCGGGCUGUCUCCUGGCCGGGUAUCCUCGGUCAGUAUAGUGAAGAUGCCGGUCUCGGGGUGGUUGUCUGUCCCCGGGGUCCUGGUGGUGUUGCUGGCCACGGGGGUCCCGGUGCAGUCCGGUCUCUAUUCGGCCGAUGAGCCGCUGGUGUCUCUGGCCGGGUCCGCCCGCUCCCUCCUGCUCGGCUCCAGCAGCUCCUGGCUGGCAGAGUUCUACGCUUCAUGGUGCGGACACUGCCGGAACUUCAAGGAGACCUGGAGCGCGCUGGCCAGGGAUGUACAGGAUUGGAGGCCUGCUGUCUACCUGUGUGUUUUAGAUUGUGCAGAAGAAUCAAACUCCGAAACAUGUAGCGAAUUUGGGAUUACCGGAUACCCUUCAAUGAAGUUUUUCAGAGCCUUUGCAGAAAAAACUUCGGAUGGAAUCAGAGUUUCUGGUUACACUGUCGAUUCACUCAGAAAGCAGAUCAUAGAUCGACUUGAGGAGCAAAAAGAAUCUCCACCACCAGCCUGUCCUCCAUUGGAACCGAUCAGUACCCCUGAGCUGGACCAGUUCUUUGAGAACAACCGUGAAGAAUAUCUAGCUGUAAUCUUUGAAGAAAACAAAAUGUACAUGGGAAGAGAGGUGGCUUUGGAUAUGCUUCAAUUUGAAGGCAUCUCUGUACGGAGAGUAGUAAAGGAUCAGACGGACUUGAUUGAGAAGUUCAAGGUAUCAUCGUUCCCAACUGGGUUUUUAUUUUCGAAAAAUGGAUCUAUCAGUAGAAUUGACCCUGGAGAAGAGACCCGUUCCUCCUAUACCAAUUUGCUGCGCUCGUUGCCUGGGGUGAAACGAGCUAAUCACCGUCUCAUUGGCUGGUCAGAGAAGACCCAUGAUGACGAAAACACUGUAAUAAGGAAAGCAGACAAUUCGAAGGUAUAUAUGGCGGACCUGGAGUCUGCAUUACAUUAUUCUCUGCGAGUGGAGGUGGGUCGUUUCCAUGUAUUGGAAGGAGAGCGGCUGAAGGCUCUUAGCAACUUUGUCAAUGUGGUCAGAAAGUAUCUCCCUGCUCGCCCCUACCUGCGUACGCUAUUGAAUUCUCUCUACGUUUGGAUAAGAGCGCGCGCCAGAACAAAAGUUUUGUUUGACGAUUUUGAGGAUGUCUUGAACAACAAGAAUACGGACCAGAAGGCAGUUCUCUCUUCUGAAGAGAACUAUGUUGGGUGUCAGGGUUCCAAGCCGGAGUUCCGUGGGUUUCCAUGUUCCCUGUGGACCCUAUUUCACAUGCUAACUGUCCAGGCCUCUGAAAUGACAACACAAAGGACAGUAAAACCUGCUCCCCGGGAGGUGCUCUCUGCGAUGAGAGGUUAUGUUAAAUAUUUCUUCGGCUGCAGGGAGUGUGCUGAGCAUUUUGAACGCAUGGCCCAGGAGUCUAUCCGCACUGUCCGCACCUUGGAUGAAGCAAUAAAGUGGUUGUGGGAACGACAUAACAGAGUUAAUAAGCGAUUGGCAGGUGCAGCGAGUGAAGACCCAGACUUUCCUAAGGUUCAGUGGCCCAUGCCCGAGCUGUGCCCACUCUGCCAGGUUAAAACAGAGAGUGAAUUGGUGACCUGGGAUGAUCCCAAUGUUAUGCAUUUCAUGAAGACCCAUUUCUCAAAGGACAAUAUAGCAGACACCUAUCUGGUGGAUGAGGAUGUGCUCCUGGAAAAACAAAAGAAGGCAAAUGGGAAAAGAGACAAAAGAGAUGUCCCAGAUCAGGAAAAUAAAGAAGAAAUAAAAGUGAACGAAGACUUUUCAGAGAACACGUUUGACAAGAAACAGGAAGAAGGUGGCAAGAUGAGCAGUGUACAUAAGAAAGAACCAGAAGACCGUCCACAUCAAAAACCAACCAUCAUAAAGAUGAAGCCUCAAGUACCCUUGAAACAAGCAGUUCAGGAGGAAAUUUUGGAUCUAGAUUCAUACGGGCAAGGCCUGUUUUUGAGCAGGUCUUUGCAGGAUUCCAGCCUACAUAAGGAGAACCGUGCUCUUCAUCCUAAGGUCCUCCAUGAACCUCAAGAUGCAGAUUUUGAUGAAGCUGCUGUGAGGAGUCGUCUGCUGAAGAGGGGUGUUGAUACAAAAUAUCUCAUUGGGGUAGUAAUGGAGAACGGAGAUGUGAAUUGGAAAGGACGCUGGGUAAAAAUGCUUGAAGGGGGAUUCUCUCGUUUGGAUAUAAGCUUAUGCGUUCUUCUUUAUUUCCUUUCCAGUAUGUGUCUGUUUGCCAUGUACCUAUACAUGAGUCUCCGAAAACGCUGCCUUCGAAAGCGAUAUUUGUUCCCGCAAGCAUGAUGUGGACUAUUCUCUAACCUUUCACCUGCCAUUGUAUAUUUCACAGAGAGAACUGUGCAUCUGUUUACAUUUUUAUUAAAGUGCCUUUUAACCCUUAGCAGUCUUGAAUGUACAAGGGCUGUCCACUAUAGAGCCAAAGAAAUGUUAAGAAUAUUGGUGCUUUAUCAGCUGAUGCCUUAAAAAAGUCAACCAAAUCUGACAAAUAUACAGUUUAACAUUAAAAAAAUAAACAUUAUUUUGAAUAAUUUAUUGGAACUCCUUGUAGAAAAGGCAUUUGUGUAGUUUUCAACAAAAUAUUGGAUUAAAACAGCUGAUCGUAGAAGCGGUUGUCCAUUUUAAUGAUACUUUUCAAGGAAUUUCACUAUUACCAAUUACAUACAAUAAAUCAUAAUCUUAGAAAAACUACUGUGUGCAGAAUUGCAAGGCAAUCAUCCUGAUCAAGAGAAUAAAACUGUUUUUAAAUUAACCAA